CAACCACUUAGCGGGAGUUCAGCAGAGGCGGUUGAAGCAAUUCAUUACUCUUCUCGUUGAACGGACUUGGAAAUAUCAGGUGUGGAAAUCUGCUGUGCUAUUUGGCUCCGUGCUAUCGUUGCACAACGCAGUGAAGCUGCACUAGACCGGCCUCGACUUUCUCAGCUGCUUCUGGGAGCGCACACGGUGACAGAAGAUGCUCCAGUAAUCGCAUUCUCUGUAGUGUGAAUGCGAGCAGCAAGCCAUUUCACGGCCAUUCCGAAAAGCUGAGAGCAGCCAUGUCUGACAGGAAGGCAGUGAUUAAAAAUGCGGACAUGUCCGAGGAGAUGCAGCAGGACGCUGUUGAAUGUGCCACCCAGGCUCUGGAGAAGUACAACAUCGAGAAGGAUAUUGCUGCCUACAUCAAAAAGGAGUUUGACAAAAAGUACAACCCCACCUGGCACUGCAUAGUGGGCAGGAAUUUCGGCAGCUAUGUAACCCAUGAGACCAAGCACUUCAUCUACUUCUACCUGGGCCAGGUGGCAAUUCUGCUCUUCAAGUCUGGCUGAGCAUCACCAUCAGCUAACCAUUAAAUACUGACUGUACAGAAAGGCUGAUCAUUCCUGUUCUGGGACUAGCCUUCUUUUGGCUGCUUCUCCUUUUGUUCCUUGUUUUAAGAAAAUGGUUGUGUAAGGGGGGAAAAGAUGAGUAAAAAACGUGUAUUUAUUUUUGUUUCUAUAAACACAGGUUGAACAUUUUAUGUCACUUUUAAUUUUUUUAAUUAAAGCAAAUUGGUUUUGCUCUGUGGGUGGAUGCAAGGAUUUGUUUGGACACUAAGAGGGGGUGCUUUAAACCUGAAAAUGCUACCUGUGAACCAAGAUCUUGAGAAAUUCAAGAUGAAUUGGUAAAUGAUUGGAAGGUGGAAGGCUUCAAUAGAGACACACACUCAGGGUUGGUUAUAUUACUGUUGGUAUGAGUAUGUUGGCCUUACUGUUCUACAUAGACCUCUAGUGUGUCUCUUAAAUAAACAUUAAUGUGGCUUCACCA